ACAAAAUCUCCCCGUAGAGGUUGUUCUCCGUCUAUGAUGUCUCGAUUUUCCGGCGAUACUUUCCUUCCCUUUUCUCGGUAAACUGCCAUGUCUUGAAUCUUGACGGUAGUUUGUUCUUCCCUUGGCGGAAAAGAGCCAAACAGGAAGCUUGAUGUGAUUGAAAUGGGGUUUGGAUUUGUCUAUAAGCUGCAAAGUCUUUGGCCAUUUUCAUUGUCCAAAUUUGAUGACUUGAGAGUAUCCAAUGAGUUAGUUCGCCAGCUUCCAUUGCCUAAAGACACAAAGAAGUUCGUUUAUGCUGUUAGACAGCCUGAAUCUCAAUCUGUGAUAUACAUUCUUUCAGCUCAGAACUUAUCUGAGAGAUCUGCUAGAGAUGCUGAGGUUCUUAUUAAGGCAGUACGACCAGAUGCAGUUGUGGCUCAAACGGGUUUUUCAGUUUUUAGUGAGAUUCAAUCUGAAGAGACUGAAUUUCAGUAUGAUGGCAAUAAUCCAGUUCCCACUUCUCCAUUUGGGGUGAUUAAGAGAUGUUUUUUUGAUAAGAUUAAGAAGGAGAAGUACGAGAAUGAUGCAGGAAACAUGGUUUUGAGAGAGAUAUUUGGCACCUGUUUUUAUGGGCAUCUUCUGGCUGCAAAGAGGGCAGCAAAAGAUGUAGGUUCAAGUUUUUUGGUGCUUGAAUCGUCAUUUCUUCAAAUUCCUGAUGUGGCUACUACCUUGGUGGAAGUUCCAGCAGGGAACAAGGUUCAAGGUUUACUUAGUAGUUUGGUUCCUCAAAAGAUGGGUUCAACCAUUUUCCCUGGUUCAAGGAGGCUAUAUGUUCAGUCACAGACAAUGAAACUAUUGUCUUUGCAUAUGCAUUUAUUUGAGUCAACGUUUAGGGUGUCAGGAUCUAUUCCAGAGGUGGGUUCUAAAGAAGUUCAGCUGAGAGACAAUUAUGAAGUCCCAUCAUUUGCCCAACCAGUCUAUCCUCUUCUUCUGGAUCUACAUAACAUAUUUGCUGAUAUCCCAUCAAUUGGAAGGGCUCUAGCACUUGCACAGAAGUUGUUUUUGGAUAUAAACAGGGGAGAUAUUGUGGACACCGAGACCAUAUCUGAAGUUUACACCUUUAGAAUUGCAGUUGAGGGCUUGAGGAUAGCCCUUAACUAUGCUGGUCGGUUACCCAUUAACAAAUUGAGAAACCCAAACUCUGGUAAGGUUGAUUUUUCAGAGCUUUCAGAUGAGGACAAGUCACAUGCACUCCUUGCUCAUGCUCUUCAAAGCCAGGCUAAAAAAUUUAAGAACGUGGUAGCUGUAGUGGAUGCUAGUAGCUUGGCAGGUCUCAGGAAACAUUGGAACACUCCAGUUCCUAUGGAGAUUAAGGAUUUAGUUGGCAGUAUUGUUACAGAUUGCAGAGUUGAUGAAGAAACCUCAAAUCACUCAGACAAGAAGGGGUUAUCUAAGAAACCUGUUGUGGCCGUUGGGGCAGGGGCAACAGCAAUUUUAGGAGUUUCAUCACUCUCUAAAGCUGUUCCUGCAUCAACCAUUGCAAAGGUUGUAACAUUUAAGGUUCCUGCUUUAGUAAAGCUCAUUAUGACCCAGACUCAGAAAGUAAUUGCAAUUGCAGCAAGCAAAACUCUUGGUCCAUCAAAAUUGGCAGCCCCAGCACUUUCAAUUUCUGGAGGCAAUUCAUCUGUUUUGAAUGCAGUCACUUCUGCUGAGAGAAUCCGGACAGUGGUUCAUGGGGCCAUAGCCUCUGCUGAAAAGACCAGCUUUUCAGCUAUGAGAACAGCAUUCUAUGAAAUAAUGAGAAAAAGGCAAGUAAGGCCAGUUGGUUUUCUUCCAUGGGCUGCUUUUGGGUGUAGCGUUGCAACUUGUGCAGGAUUACUUGUAUAUGGUGAUGGCAUUGAAUCUGCUGCUGAGUCUCUUCCAGCUGCUUCCUAUAUUGCCAAUUUGGGUCGUGGGAUUCAGAGUUUACACCAGGCAUCCCAGGCAGCAAUGCUGACAGAUAGCAACAGGAUACAAAAAUCCCUAGAAUCCUUAAUGCACAGGUUGAAGAAAGCAAAGAUUCAAAUUCAAUAGAGUUUUGAUUCUUCUCGCCUUUGUAUACUAAUUUUACUUGCAAGGCCUGAAAUAAAGGUAAUAGAUUGACACUGUACAUAUAUCACCUGUUGUUUGCUUCUUCAAGAAUGAAAGGUCAUUUUUGUGAUAACUGAUACUUGGUUGAAUGAAUCCACAGAAAAAUUUUACCUUUUUCUAUUUUCUGUUGAGAUGUUACCUGCUUAAUCAUUCAAUUGUAAGGCUUGAAGCCUUGAACUUCGAUUCAAAAUAUUUGGGAUUCAAUUGGUAAGAAAAAAAGGUUAGGGAU